AUGCCAGGGCCCAAUUUUGUUCCCAGUCCGACCCUGACUGAACCCAUUUUGUUUAUCCUACUCGCUCUCGUUCCGACAUGUCUAUGUUUUCCGGCGCUGCUUCCUCUGGACUGCUCGGAGAUCCACGCCCAUGACCCCACCCAGCCCAGUGGGGUGUACACCAUCUUCCCUGGGGGGCCCGUCUCCCCCCUGCAGGUCUACUGUGACAUGGACACCGAUGGGGGAGGAUGGACGGUGUUCCAGAGAAGACUGGAUGGUUCCGUGAACUUCUACAGGCCCUGGGAUCACUACAAGAAAGGCUUUGGGAACCAGGACGGGGAAUACUGGCUGGGGCUGGACAACAUUGUGCUGCUGACCAUGAGGAAGAGGAAUGAGCUGAGGGUGGACAUGGAGGACUGGGACGGGGGAAAGGUGUACGCUCAGUACACGUCCAUCUCUGUGGACCCUGAGACCUUCGGCUACACACUGCGACUGGGCAGCUUCAUCGAUGGAGGAGCAGGUGAUAGCCUGGGCCCCCACAAUGGAAUGAAGUUCAGCACCUUCGACAAAGACCAAGAUGGACGUGCUGAUAAUUGUGCUAAAGCCUAUCUUGGGGGCUUCUGGUAUCAUAGUGGUUGUUUUAAUACCAAUCUCAAUGGUGUUUACAGAUGGGGGGCAGAUGAUACAAUCUAUGGUAUUGGGGUGGCCUGGAGCUCCCAUAAAGGUUUUGAUUACUCCAUGAAAUCCAUCAACAUGAAGAUCAGACCGGUGUCCUAA